GCUUUACUGUAUAUAUGCGUUCUUCCUGGACUUCUUCGCAGACGGAUGCCUUGUGGUUUCAUUCACGUCAUUCUUUCACUUCCUCUCCACCUCUUUGUCUUUACACGUCUCCCGCUCUGUAAACAUUGUGAAAUUAGUAACUACAGUUUAAAACAGACAUUUAAAACUCGACUGAUGUGGCCUAAGCUGACAACGGCAGGAACAGCAGCAGCUGCAAAAAACAUCCUCCUCUUUUUCUGCACAUUUCAUGUCUUUUGUCUUCUUUACCUUCAUUACUUCCUCCACCCACUACCUCCUCUCACUCUCUCUCUCUCUCUCUCUCUCCAUCUCUCACUCUGCUUUUAUAUCUAUGCCGUUUACCACCUGUGGCAUCAUAUCAACUUCAUCAAUGUAGAAAAAUCGAGACUGGCCUCAAAAAGUCGAGCUGAAUAGGUUGGAGCUGCAGGGAGCUGCUUGAAGACAGACAUGAUUCACUCAAAUCAGUCCAUCUACUCUCUGUUCUGCUGCUGCUGCGCUGUCCAGACCAGGGAGAUCAGCACCCACAUGGAGCUCGAAGGUCGACCUACUCUUUGUUUCCAAGGCAGACGAUACCCAGGAAACCCCCGCCAGGUUCACAGGUCUAGGAAGAAACUUCCUCUCCCCCCACCAGAGGAUGAUGAAGGAGAAGGGAUGCUGAAUGUUGUCGCCAUGUAUGAUUUCACAGCCAAGGAGGAAACGGACCUGACGCUCAAGCAGGGUGAGGAGUACAUCAUCCUGCACAAGCAAGACCAGCUGUGGUGGAGAGCACAAGACAAACACGGGAAUAAAGGCUUCAUCCCCAGUAACUAUGUGACGGAGAAAAACAGAAUUGAGGCUAACUCGUGGUUCUGCAAGAACAUCACCAGGACAGAAGCUGAGCAGCUGCUCAAACUAGAGGACAAAGAAGGUGGUUUUGUGGUGAGGGAGUCAAGCCAAAAGGGGGUCUACACAGUUUCCGUUUACACCAAGACAUUAAGUCAUAAUGGAGAUAUUAAACAUUACCAGAUUAAAAUAAACGACACUGGACAAUUCUACUUGGCUGAAAAACAUACGUUCAGCUCCAUCCCAGAUGUUAUACACUACCACGAACACAACGCAGCGGGUCUUGUGAGCAGGCUGCGAUAUGCAAUAGGACCAAUGGGAAGAUGUGCCCCUGCCACAGCAGGAUUCAGCUCAGAGAAGUGGGAGAUCGAUCCCAGUGAGCUGACCCUCAUGAAGGAGCUGGGCAGCGGCCAGUUUGGAGUCGUCAAGCUCGGCAAGUGGAGAGCUCAGCAAAAAGUGGCCAUUAAGGCCAUCAGGGAGGGGUCCAUGUAUGAGGAAGACUUUAUAGAAGAGGCUAAAGUCAUGAUGAGGCUUUGCCACCCUAAACUGGUUCAGCUGUAUGGUGUUUGCUUACAGCAGCGCCCCCUGCUGAUUGUGGCAGAGUUCAUGGAGAAUGGCUGCCUGGUUAACUUUCUGCGGCAGAAGGGUAAGACUCUGAAGGAGGCAUGGCUUCUAUCCAUGUGCCAGGACAUCUGUGAAGGAAUGGAGUAUCUGGAAGCACAUAGUUUCAUCCACAGAGAUCUGGCAGCCAGAAACUGCCUGGUCAAUGAGCACAACAUGGUGAAGGUCUGCGACUUUGGAAUGACCAGGUAUGUUCUGGACAACCAAUACACCAGUUCUAAUGGCACUAAGUUCCCAGUAAAGUGGUCUCCUCCUGAAGUUCUCCACUACAGUAAAUACAGCAGCAAGUCAGAUGUCUGGUCCUUUGGUGUUGCAAUGUGGGAGAUUUACUCGGAGGGUCGGAUUCCGUUUGAAAACAGCUCCAAUUUGGAAGUUGUAAAUAACAUCACCAGUGGACACCGACUGUACCGACCGCACCGUGCCUCACAAGCACUGUAUACCAUCAUGUACCAUUGCUGGCAUGAGAAGCCUCAGGGUCGGCCAUCUUUCUCCGAGCUCCUAGAGGAAAUCAGAAAACUAGCAGAAAAUCCAGAUUAACAGAAUCUGUUAAUCUGUUAAUGCUGAACAUCAAACUGUUUUUUCACUGUUAUAACAACUGUAAUAUUUCUGUAAAUAAAUAUUUUUUAAAUUAAAGUGUUUUUCCUACAAUAAAGAUCAGAAGAG